AUGACAAAGUGUGAGUUAAAAAGUGCCAUCAGGCCCAUGCACCUAUUGACUCAGCGCGCCCGGCUGGCGCUCCACCGCUGCGGCCACCUCUGCGGCCGGCACUUCGGCCCGGCCCUGCUACUGGCUACCGUCAGCGAACUGCUCCUCGUCACCUCCUUGAGCUACGGCGCGGCGGCGACGCUGGGCAUCGAGCGCGACCGACACUCCCACGCGCCGCCUGGCGGGCGUGCGCGCAGGGUCGCCUCUCGCCGCUGCGCGCACCGCGGGCGGGUAUAUCUGCAGGCGCACGGGGCUGUCGCGGCACUUGCUCUGCCGUCGCCGCUGUCGCCGCUACUGCUGAACGGGACAUCUGCCACCAUGGCUUCUCAACUUACUUUCAUUGCUGUGCUGCUGUUGGUAUCAGCAGUUGUAUGUGACUCAAAACCAGCUAUGAGAACACCCUUGGAUACCAUCGACACAUGCCUCUUCACCUGUGACUACUGUUACAAGGGGAGGGUCCUGUUGGAGUGCGCAAAUGAGUGCCUGGAUCGUGAAGGAACAAUGCAUGAGAAAUGGCUAAUGACAUGUCCAUAUUUUGGACAACAAGUUUACUUUGAAUGAAAAUAACUUUAUAUAACAGACGAUGUUAAGCAUGUUUACAGUCUUCAUUUUCUUAAUUUGUUAAGUAAAUAUAAUGUCCACAUCAA